UAUUGUUGUCUUCUGUGAUUAUGAAGCAGGGAUCUUGAAAACAAUUUCUCUUCUUCUCCCACCCUCCUCCCACCUCUUUAUCUCUGUGCUUUUUUGAUUUUUAAUAUCUUUCACAAAUUCAUACUUUUUGCUUCUCAAGCCACUCUUACAACUUCAUAUUUUCCGUUUCCUCGAGUAAAAAUUAAAGAAAACUGAAAGAGAUUCAAAGAUUUCUCGGACUGAUUGGGCUCAUUUCUUCACAGUAAAUUAGUACUUUCGUGAUAUGGCGUGAACGCAGAGCAAAAGUGUAAGAUUUCAAAUCGAUGCAAGUGCGGGCAAGUGCAUUUUUGAGAUCUGAAAUGAGCCAACACAGUAUUACGGCGUCGUCCCCAUUUCUGCAGAGCUGGAGUUUGUGCUAGGGGUUUUCUGCCGUCUCGUAUUCCCCCCGCCCCCCCACCCCGGAUUGUUUAGACUUGCAAAUGACGACCACCACCAAACGUGCUUAUAAGCUACAGGAAUUUGUUGCUCAUUCUUCAAGUGUGAACUGCUUAAAGAUUGGGAGGAAAUCAUCAAGGGUUCUUGUGACUGGAGGAGAAGAUCAUAAGGUCAACCUUUGGGCCAUUGGAAAGCCCAAUGCCAUACAGAGUUUGUCCGGGCAUUCGAGUGGAGUUGAUUCCGUAAGCUUUGAUUCUUCGGAGGUGUUGGUAGCUGCUGGAGCUGCAAGUGGUACAAUUAAGCUUUGGGAUUUAGAGGAGGCUAAGAUUAUUCGCACUCUCACUGGUCAUCGCUCCAAUUGUAUAUCGUUGGACUUCCAUCCCUUUGGGGAGUUCCUUGCAUCUGGAUCUUUGGAUACAAAUCUAAAAAUAUGGGAUAUUCGAAGAAAAGGGUGUUUACAUACAUACAAGGGUCAUACACGAGGUGUUAAUGCCAUCAGGUUUACACCUGAUGGCCGCUGGGUGGUGUCUGGUGGAGAGGACAACACUGUGAAGCUGUGGGAUUUAACAGCGGGCAAGCUGUUGCAUGAGUUCAAAAGUCAUGAGGGCCAGGUUCAAUGCAUUGAUUUCCAUCCCCAUGAAUUUUUGCUGGCAACAGGUUCAGCUGACAGGACUGUUAAGUUCUGGGAUCUUGAAACUUUUGAACUAAUAGGUUCAGCUGGGCCUGAGUUCACAGGAGUGCGUUGUAUGACCUUUAAUCCUGAUGGAAGAACCCUUCUUUGUGGCUUGCAUGAGAACUUGAAAGUCUUUUCAUGGGAACCAAUUAGAUGUCAUGAUACUGUAGAUGUGGGGUGGUCUAGAUUAUCAGAUCUGAAUGUUCAUGAAGGGAAGCUUCUUGGAUGUUCGUAUAACCAAAGUUGUGUUGGAGUAUGGGUUGUAGACAUAUCGCGUAUUGAACCAUAUGAAAUUGGUAGCGCUGCUCGAUUGAACAGCAACUCAGAGCCUAAAUCUAAUUCUGGUGGGUCAACCAUACUAACUGAGGACACUAUUAAGGGCAAUUUAGGCAGGCUUUCCAUUUCACAAAAUUCUGAUUCUGCGAAGGAAACUAGACCUCUUGCAAGGCUUUCUGUCUCACAGAAUUCAGAUCUGAAUGGGGACUCUAAAUCUCUUGCACCUGCUGUAAGUACAGCUGCAACUCCACAGAGGGGAAAUCUCAGUGUUGUUCCAAGAACUACUCAAGUCAAUUCAAUGGCAGUUUCCAAUGUGACAGCCCCCAAGAGGCAUCCUGUGAAGGUCCAGUCAACACCCAAUAUUUCAGUAUUCAAUAGAUCAGAAGUUAUACCUGUGCUUGUGCCUAGAAAUAAUCCGAGAAUGGAGCAGGCUGCUGAACAAAGAAAAGGAGGAGCUCCACUAAGAACACUGCCACUGUCUAUGCAGUCAAAAACAUCUGAUGAUCGAAAAUUUUCAUCUGUCAGAGAUGACUUGGAGAGGUCUACUAUUUCUUCCUUCUGGUUUAUCUGGCCUCGGCUGUGUUAA